UCACAGUUUUGGCAAGCCUUUCUAUUUUUAGUAACCCCAUCUUUCUAAGACUCUUUCCUCUCAUCUCCUCCUCCUCCAGUAUCUUAUCCCCAAACCCACAAACAAAAAAGAAAAAUUUACACAUAAAAAGAUAACCACACCUUUUAGGGUUUCAGUAAUUCUUAAGAUCUCAAACUUUGAGCAAAAAGAAAAAAAAAACUAUGGCUCGUGGUAAGAUCCAGAUCAAGAGAAUAGAGAACCAAACAAACAGACAAGUAACUUAUUCUAAGAGAAGAAAUGGACUUUUCAAGAAGGCAAAUGAACUCACUGUUCUUUGUGAUGCUAAAGUUUCUAUAAUUAUGAUUUCAAGUACCGGCAAACUUCAUGAAUUUAUAAGUCCUUCUGUCACGACCAAGCAGUUGUUUGAUCUGUACCAAAAGACUGUUGGAGUUGAUCUUUGGAACUCCCACUAUGAGAAAAUGCAAGAGCAGUUGAGGAAGCUAAAGGAUGUUAAUAGGAAUCUCCAAAGAGAGAUCAGGCAAAGGAUGGGAGAAAGCCUAAACGAUCUGAACUACGAGCAGUUGGAAGAACUCAAUGAAAAUGUGGACAAUUCUCUGAAGCUUAUUCGUGAAAGAAAGUAUAAAGUGAUUGGCAAUCAGAUUGAAACAUAUAAGAAGAAGGUCAGGAAUGUGGAAGAAAUACAUAGAAAUCUCUUGCUUGAAUUUGAUGCAAGACAAGAGGAUCCAUAUGGAUUGGUUGAGCAAGAAGGGGAUUAUAACUCUGUGCUUGGAUUCCCAAAUGGAGGGCCACGCAUAUUAGCCUUACGCCUUCAACCAAACCACCAGCCAAAUCAUCAUCUUCACAGUGGAGGAGGCUCCGAUAUCACUACUUUUGCUCUAGCUUGAGUAGUAACCUACGAAAAAUCCUGUGGGAGAUGCGAUCACCUGUCAGUGGAAAAUUUUCUGCGUUCAGUCAAUCUACGCAGAGUGAAUCGGCCGGCCUUUAGCUUGUUGUAAUAUUUCCCUAUUAUAGUGUUUUCUAAAUAAGCACAUGCAAUGUUUCUUGGACAUGCAUGACUUGACUCUUUAGACUACUCUGCUACUUUUGCUUCAAACGUAAAACUUAUGUAAGGGUUUUAAACUCAAUGUCGUUGUUUUGUAUAAGGGAAGUGCCGUAUAAGGUGUUUUUUGUAGUGUUUAACGUUAUGUUA